AUGAUACUUUUGUCACCGAGUUUUUUUCUAAUUGGACUUCAAAUUCGUGUCGGAGAUCAAACAAGGAUUUCGACGCAGGUUUCUUCCAAUGAAACAACAAUUCUUAAAAAAUUUGAAAAUUUUUUUACAUGCUCUCAACAAAUAAUUAAUAUAAAUAAGAAAUUAUAUCAUGAAACAAAUCAAAUUCCAAUUAUUUUUCUUUUAUCUGAUGAUAUUGAAAUACGCCAAGCUGCUUUAAAACGUUGGAAAUUCUCAUUUGAAUGUUUUCAAUCAGUUGAAAAUAAAUGUCAAUCGAAUAAUAGAAAUUUAAAUAUUUUAGCAAAUUCCAAUCCAGUUUUUCAUAUAUCAUAUACUAACGAUCGAAUAUUAGCUUUUCAAUUAGGAAUAUUUGAUAAUUUUCUUUUUAGUUUAUGUGAACAACAUAUAAUUAGUACAUUCAGUUGA